AUGGGCAGCAACCCUCCCAUCACAGCGGUUCCCUUCUCCCUAGCGCAGCCCAAGGUCCACAUCGCCCGCUACCUCGACUCUGUUCGACCGUACGCCCGCGAACAUGCGAAUCGCGGAACUAGAUACUUUCUUCGCUCGCGAAGAGGUGGCGACCACCUGUCCGAGGAAGACUGGAACCCAGCCUACCUCCCUCCCACCGAUCCUCUUGCCUCUGAGCGCGCAACUCUCUCCGCUUUCCUCCAGUCAUUAUCCACGCCAGGUGCGUCGACUUCCCAGUUGUCCGACUUUGCGGCCAAAGGAAGCGUCCUAGUGGACUAUAUGCGCCCGCGUGUGCGUGACAAUACCAAGAUGGUCGACCACGAGCGUGGGAAGCGUCCCUUUGGCCGUGGGGCCUCUGCACUGCGCAUCUCGCCCUACCCAAUGCGCAAUAGUGUCAAGACUGGAGAUGUGGCAACUGGGGGCGAUCACUACGCUGGCUUGGGCCUCCACCAUCAGCCACAACCACCACAACCACCACAACCACAACGGUACAGCCCUGACUUGGGCUUGCACAACCGUGCUUUCCUCCCUGAUGCCUCGGCAGCACCGGUGGCUCCAUUGGGCAUCGAAUACGCCGCAGCCCACUCACAUGCCCUAUCUCCGCGGGAAGGCAAUGUUCGGUCAUCUGGUGUAUCUCGAACAUCACCAAAGCGCGUAUCGCCGCUGGAUGUGAGCCGCAGCCUGAUGUGCCAAGACGUAGUCAACGCAGCGCUCUCCAGACAGUGUAUUGCGCGCCCGGGGAUCUUUGCGCGUGGCGUCACUUCUCAGCCGAUCAAGGUCGCGGGAAGUCAACAACAACCCUCUACAGGUGUGCCGUCCUACCAGAUGGACGAAAGGCUUCUGCUUGGCCUGAUGUCGAACAGGGCACAGGAGCAGGCGCCACCCCCUUUACCAAGCAUUCAGCAAACGCCUCAUUCACACACAACAUUGGGAAACUUGCGCAUGGGCUCGUCCACACCAUGGCCGCUCUCGCGCCCCUAUCAAACUCAACAGCGGACUCCCCCUGCAACGUCUUCGCUCCCACUCGAGGAUCCGUCGCUCCUCGACGCGAUGCUUCCGUUCUACCCCUCGCGCGACCGGAGCGGAACACAAUACCAACGGCUGCCGACUCCUCCAUCUGCGCUGGCGAGUUUCCUUCCCACCGAUCUCUCGAAUCUAGUCUCGCCAAUCGAACCUACGUCGUCACCGCUUGACACGUUUGAGACCAUGAACUCGAAUGUGCCUCAGGCAAGCGAGCAGAGGGCGGUCUCAGCAGAUCCUCCUCGCUGGGACUCGUCCCCAGACGCUUUUGACUGGGGCCGGCCGGGUUCAGCUCCGCCAUCCAAACUUGCUCAAACGCCAUCCAACGAAGCGGCUCAUGGACGGUUGCCCACGCCAUCCUUUGCUCAGGCGGGGUUCCGGGAUCUCUUUACAGGGUCCAGCGACCCGGUUCCAAUCGGCAGCGGCACUCUUGCUCCGCUCCAGCAGCAACCUGCCAAACCGCCAGUCGACUUUGCCUAUACGCUUCGUCCCAACGACUACGACUUUGGCCUCAAGUGGCCAGGCUUUCCAGACGCGUCCAACUGGGACAUGUCGCCUCAGACUCACCACCCUGCACCGUACACGUACGGGUACAGUCCCCAGGCGCAGGUCGAGCCUGCCACGUCUCUGCUCCCCACUUCGGGUCUCUCUGGCUCGUCACCGUUUCCCUCUUGGCACGACGCGUACAGUCCCCAAGACUCGGCGCGUGACGAAGCGCCAGUUCCACCAGCCUUUGCGGCCCAUGGCUACCUGUAA